AUGUCAAAAAAAGAACAAAAAGAAAUUGAUGAAACGACGCGAAGAAAAAAUAUAGAAAUUCAUUUAAAUGAGUUAGAAAGAGAUAAUUAUCAAGAAAUACCCGAACUUGAAAUUGUAACAGGAACCAUUUCAAAACCUCGUCGGUUUUCUGAUUUGGCUGAUACGAGUCAACCGGAAAAACCACCAGACAUUCCAACAUAUUUAACAGCUGGGGCUAAACCAUCCAGAUUUCCUCCAAGAAAAUUCUGUUCGGUUUGUGGAUUUAUUUCAGCUUAUGCUUGUAAAAAAUGUGGGAUGAAAUAUUGUAGUUUAAGAUGCAAGGAAACCCAUGAAGAAACGAGAUGUAUGAAAUAUACCGUCUAA